UUGGGAAGGUGCCCAUCUUCAAAGUCCCAGUGGCUCCUGCCUGUCCCUAAGGUACCUUAUCCAGCUGGUUGGCUUCCUUCCUCCAUUUCCAGCCCAGCGCCAAAAGGCAAUGAGUGUUGUGUUCCUCCGUCUCCUUUCCUCCUAGGCUCACCCCGGCAAGAGGUGCCUGACCCUGUCCGCUAUUGCUCUUUUCUACUCCAUUGAGUGGCCCUCUGACAUGACUUCAGCCAAUUGAGCACCGCACCUUCUUCCAACCCAAUUUCAAUUUCCCGCUCCUGCAUCUUUUGCUCACCCCAAAUUCACACUUGCACCUUUUACCUCAUUUUGGUCUCCAGUGCCUGCCUCCUUCUCCCAUUUGUUUCUUCCCAUCUGCCUUCCCUGCCUGCCUUCUCUCUGCCUCACAUCACAGUCACAGCCAUCCCCUAAGCCACUCCGCUUUGCCUGGCACUUUCCUCUCCAGCAAAAAGAGGCACUGUUGCACUGCAUCUACGGAAAGAGCACUGGACCUUGGACCUUCCUUGCUCUUUUUGUUCCCCACCGUUCCCUUCCAUUAUUCCUAUUCCUGCUCCUGCACCUGCACCUGCACCUGUACCUGGACCGCACCGUACCGUGCCUUCCUUCCUGCGUUACCAUCAAUUUACCUCCCUUCCACUUUCAGUGGCAGUUACCCCAAAGUCCAUCGGCCUUUCUUUGUCCGUUUCCUUUCACCACCACAUCGCGCACCAACCAGCCGUGCCAACCCACCUCCAAACAAUAACCCAGAACCCUCUCUGGCACCUUCCCCUUGCUGAUUGACCGACGAACCACGAACUCUCCUCCAGAUUCCUCCUACUGGCCGACUGCAUCCUUUUUUGCUUUCCACAAACAACCAAGCAAACCGAUCUCGUACAGCACCGCUCCGACUCGCCUCACCUCGAUCAACCCUCCCUAACCAACUUCCUACAACCCGACCGAAUCUACCUCCUUCAGAUCGCCCAGUAUGCCUUUGUGCGGUGGUAACAAGACCGUCCAGCGCAAGCUGGUCCUCCUUGGCGAUGGCGCGUGCGGCAAGACAUCGUUGUUGAACGUCUUUACCAGAGGCUACUUCCCGACCGUCUACGAGCCCACUGUAUUCGAGAACUACGUCCAUGACAUCUUCGUCGAUAGUGUCCACAUCGAGCUUUCCCUCUGGGAUACCGCUGGCCAGGAAGAGUUCGACCGCCUUCGCAGCUUGUCUUACGACGAUACCGACCUCAUCAUGCUCUGCUACAGCGUCGACAGCAAGGACUCCCUCGAGAACGUCGAGAGCAAGUGGGUUGGAGAGAUCGCCGACAACUGCCCCGGCGUGAAGUUGGUUCUCGUCGCCCUAAAGUGCGAUCUCCGCGAGGCCGAUAAUGAGGAAGAGGAGGCCGCCGAGGGCCAGCAGCGAGAGAAGCGUCCUAUGAUCUCUUACGAGCAGGGCUUGGAGGUCGCUCGCCGCAUCAAUGCCCUCCGCUACCUCGAGUGUUCUGCCAUGCGCAACCGCGGUGUCAACGAGGCCUUCACCGAGGCCGCUCGCGUCGCCCUCAGCGUCAAGAAGGAUCGCGAAGAGUCUCAGUGCAUCAUCAUGUGAGAAACAUCACCUUGGUGCAUCCGAUCCUUGCCAUGAUCGUUCUUCAUCUUCUUACGACCACGAUCGAACGAGCGGCCCUUGUUUCGAACGGAUUCGAAUUCCAUUUUUUCAGUGUUUGGCACUUGGAAGGCGUCGGCGUUCCUACGGAUUGGACCUUUCAACCUCGACUUGCAUCUCGGCCUUUACCCUAUGUCUUUUUAUUGCAGCCCGUCCAGCUCCUUGGGCAGACGCGACCUUUUUCCCUUUCACUUCGGCGGCUAUCUACGGAUUGUGUCGCCAACAUGAGUUCUUGAUACCUUUGGGCACUGACCACUUUUGAGAAAAAAUGUAAAUACCCGUUUCACUUCACAAUGCACAUACAGGGUUGGAGGGUCAGGUUUCAUUCCCUUUGUCGCUUUCGGUCUUCAGCGCAUCCGCAGAAGGACAGCACGGCCGGAGGAACGGCGUGCUCGGCAGGUGGCAGGUGGACGGCAUGUGGUAUUGGUUCAGGGUACUAGAAAUCUCGGAUGAAAGCUCAACAGCAGCAGUCAGUUGGGUUCUGGUCUUUUUUGCCAUUAGCCUACUCUCAAGCAAGCGAGAAAAGUUGUCACUAGAUGGAUGACC